AUGGAAAAUUAUGGGAUUGAAGAUGAAGGGCAGUUAUUUUCGGGCUUCAUCAGUUCGAUGAGGAAUCGAAUUAAUGAUGCGGAUGACAUAUCUUUUCAUAAUGUGAAUCGUGUGCUUGCAAAGAAAGUUACGGCUAUUUUCCAAUCAUACCGUCGUGAGUUUUUCCGAGAAUUUGGUGGUUUUAGAGAAAACACAGAGCUGCAGUUUGAGAGCGGUUUCGAUUUAGAUGAACGAAGAUUUUGCCGUCGUUCAUCGGAACUUAUGAAAAGGAAAGCAUCUGCUUAUUACAUGAUCUGCUACCAUCUACAGAAGGAUGUGAAAUCAGGACCUGGAAUUAACGAAAUUGAAUUACGCGGAAAAGGCUUGGAAUUUGUUUUGCUCAUCCUGUCUUCCCAGGCUUUUUUGAUUGAAAUUAAACUGGUGGGACUGGCUGUAAUUCAUUAG